CAGAGAGCGAGCUGCGUACCGAAACAUUAGACACCCAUUUCAGAGCUUAAAAAGUGAGGUUUUUGAUCCAGUUUCUUUUUCUUCUUUUUCUCCCCUCUGUAAAAUCCUUCUCAGGAUCGCUUUCUGUGAUCGUCUGCCUUCUUUGGAAGAAAAAAGACUGCUUUUUGAGACCUUUGUGGGAUUUCUGACGCCCAGAAAAGGUGUUCUCUUCUUUGUCUAGAGAAGCGGAGGUUUCAGAACAGAGAUCCAGACUCAGUUUCUUUUCUUCCUUUCUUUUUCUCUUUUUUUUUUUAAAUUAUUCUUUAGCUUUUCUUUUCUUAGAUUUGCCAAGACCAAGAGGGUUUGUUUUUCUAUACCCUCCGAUUGGUUCUCUGUUCCUUUUUGAUUGAUGUUACUUUGAUCAAAAGAGGCCAUCUUUUUAGCACCACCUCCCUCUCUGAAGACCCUUUUACCUGCUCUUUGGUUUGGUUCCUCUCCUUGUUCUUCUUUAGUUAAAGCUUGGCUUUUGCUUCGAAGGCAAGGCAUGGCUACGGCUAUAGAUAUGUUUAAUAGCUCAUCGGACCCUCUAAGGGAGGAGCUCAUGCUGGCACUCGAGCCUUUUAUCGGACGUGUUCCCACCUUCCCUUCUUUUAUUCCCUCCUCAAAUACCACCACCACAGAGUCCCUCUCCUCUUCCCUUUCCCCUCCUCCUUUCUCUUGGUCCUACUCCUCCCCGUUCUCAUCCUCUUCUUCCUCCUAUUCCUACCAGAAUCCCACCAUGGAUUGCUAUUCCCAGAGCUUCGCCCUGCCGGGCCACCUCAGCCCUGUCCAAAUCCAGCAGAUCCAAGCCCAACUGCUGCUCCACCAGCAGCAGCAGGCCAUGGCAGCGUCCGCGCCGCAGCAAAGGAGCCUCCUUGGCGUGAGGCCCCAGCUGAUGAAGCGCAGCGGCUCGCCGCCCCCUCCGCCGAAGCCCAGCAAGCUCUACCGCGGGGUUCGGCAGCGCCACUGGGGGAAGUGGGUCGCCGAGAUCCGGCUACCCAGGAACCGGACCCGCCUCUGGCUCGGUACCUUCGACACCGCCGAGGAGGCCGCGCUGGCCUACGACCGUGCCGCCUACAAGCUCCGGGGCGAUGCUGCGAGGCUCAAUUUCCCUCCAAGCCGGCACGGCGGCGCUCACUCGACUUCUCUCCUCUCUGUGGAUGCCAAGCUCCAAGCCAUUUGCCAGAGCUUGCCCACUUCGAAGAGAGAAGGGGAUGGCUCGCCCGAGUCGGUGAUCCCGGAGGGGGUUGUCGCGAAGGGUGAAUUGGAUUGCUCCGUCUCGGAGGACAAUAAGUCGGAGAGCUCUUCAUCGCUGGAAGGUGACGAAUCCUCGUCGGCGGUCUCCGAGAUGCAGUACUUGGAUUUCACGGAGGCGCCAUGGGAUGAAUCUGAGAGCUUUAUGCUGCGCAAGUAUCCGUCCUGGGAGAUCGAUUGGGAUUCGAUUCUCUCCUCCGGUCAAUAGUCUGUAAUCGUUGGUUGUUUCUGGUUUGGGGAUUGGUGUCUCCAGGGGAUGUUGCAAGUGGGAUUUUAGACAUUUGCACUGCCUCUGUUGAGACUCUUGGUGUUUUGGUUGGGUAUGUUCAUUAGGUUGGUAGGAUUUCCCUAGGGAUUUAGGGGUUGAGUCAGUGGAUGUGUAUAUUUAUUUAGUCGGUCCAGAUUUCCUGUUUUGCUGGUUUUUUCUAGGCAUUACCAGGAACAAUUUGUUAUUGUUGUCUUUGUGAAUGCCUUGGUAGCUUUGUAAUUAUUGAGGCUUUGUGAUUGUGAAUAUAUCUUAUCAGUAUUUUGGUGCACA